AUGAGGAUUUUUCGCUCAUUUUGUUUGGUUGCCUAUUGGAACAAACAGGCUGCUGCCAAACAAUGUUGGGAGAAACCUCCAAGCGAGCCCAGGAGGUCGAGUCACACUGUGACGAGCCUCGCCCUCCCCGCCCUUUCGAGCAGCGCUCCACCCAGCCGAGCUGCCAGGCUCCGAGCGUUUCGAACGGCGCUCGACCGCUCCAACUGCCCAACCCGUCGUCCCGCUCCUGCCCUCCGCUCCGUGCCCCCGUCCGUGCGCCGCCGCCCGCUCUCUCCACCUUGCCCCAAUCUGUCCCGAUCUGCCCGCUGGAGACGAGACAACAACAGGACUGACGCGACAACGACGCGACAACGACGACGACAAGCCACCACCAAGGAGGAAGAACCCCUUCCCUUCUACAACCCCGAACACAAGUCCCAAGUCCCGAACAGCGUGACAGAGAAGACAGGUAGCGACGCGAGGCGUAGCAGCACGAAGAUCGAGCACCAGUACGUCGCACAUCGUGGCCGGCGGCAAUGGCGUCAAUCCGAGGCCCAGUAUGAAGCUCUCCGCUGCUCAACAACAGAUGGGCACGAGGUGCAUCAUUUACGUGCCCCUUCGCCGUACGCCGUACCCUCGUCGUUCUUGGGUGGGAUGUCUGGAGCACAAUAUAUAGAUUUGCUACCUGUCUCAACAAUCAUAUUUCAUUCUCCUGCUCUGAAAUCCUGCUCCGAAAUCUCAAAGGCAAUGCUGCGGCUCCCUGUGACAUCUCCUAGCCCCAAUGCGCUUAGCUCGGCUGGCUCACCACAUGCCAAGGGUCAAGAACUGUCUUUUCCCUCGUCUCUACCACCCCCGGCUACCACCCUGGCCCUUCGCCAUCAAAACACGAAGCCAUCAUGA